CAAUUGAAAACAGAGUAGCUUUAUCUUCUAAUUUGUAUUUAUUUUCCACACUGAAUAUCACGUUAAAAGCAAUCACCCUAUCUUUCUCAGCGACCAGCUUUGUGUACGACCCAAGCUGCCAUUGAAAUGCUGGAGGGUUAUUAGCCAUAUUGUCACGUUAUUCUACCUGGUAUCCAUUUAUGAAAAACGACACCGACAUUAACAAUGUUUGAUCCAAUUUGUAAAUGAAUGGAUGAUUUGUUUCAAUUGCAAGAAAAGGUAAAUAUUUUUCGAUCCAUUGGAGCUUGCAAAGAACCACUGGUGUUAACUAUUUCUGCGCAUGAUUACAUUAACUGUACAUCAAUGAGUCGCACUGAUGCAUUGUUGCGCAUUGAACGCCUUGUUGAUGCACUUUGAUGAGGGUGACAAUGCAACCACGCAACAUAUUUUUCUUUGAAAACUGUCGCGUUGUUGUUUUUGUAAGAGCGGCAGGUUUCAUUCUCAGAUCAUCAACAACGUGAACACGGACCGCAGGUAUCGUAGAUCUAGAAGCGAUAUUUGUAUGUUUGAGAUUUGGUAUUGUGACAAACUGUGCUGAUUGUGGAGUAAGGACAUACUGCGAAUGUUCCAAGAUCUUACCAUGCUAGGUGUCACAUUGGUCAGAUACCGUCAUUAUAAAAACACAUUUAAGACCAUAAGCCCUUUAUCUGCCGUGUCCACCAUCCAUGGAAUCACUAAGGCAUGCAAUGGUCAGCUAUUGUUGUUGUUCAUACUAAUCAGCGCCUGAAAACCUAUCUCUUCAAUGGCUGUAGAUUAGCUGUAGUAGCUAGAAGAUAUCGUCGGUAUUGACUUGAUCCUACGCAUGUACUUUGUGAAUCGCAAACAACUGGUGUUUGCGAGAAGAUGAUUAAAGUAAGCAUUGUUCCUUUCCAGGCUAAAAUUGAGGAAACCCUGAAUUCCAAUGGCUGACAAACGCAAAGGGAUUUACCAGUCACCUGCCGUUGUCCUGGCAACAAGUGAUGAUCUCCGGAACCUGUCUCAAGAACUUCGCCUUGGCUGUAGUGAUGACGACAUCGAAGGAGUCCGAGACACGUUCAGAAAAUACUCAACAAGUCUACAGCGUGUGUACGACCUCCCUGACCUCUCCCUCCCCGUCAAGUACCCCCGGACUCCAGGACACAGACCAACACAGGCCGACAACCCCUGCAACGCCUGGUACUGGCGGUGUGACAUCAAGGGCUCUGGCUCCGGACUACUGGUCGGCAAAACAGUCGGGGUCAAGGACAACAUUGCUGUGGCUGGAGUGCCCAUGAUGAACGGAAGUCGUCUCCUGGAGGGCUAUGUUCCUGAGUUCGACGCCACAGUCGUGACGCGAAUUUUAGAUGCAGGUGGUAACAUCAUCGGCAAGACAUCGUGUGAGGACAUGUGUAUCAGUGGAUCCAGCUUCCUGAAUGCCAGAGGACCAGUGAGACACCCACAUGAUCAGUCACUUGACUGUGGCGGGUCCUCCUCGGGAAGUGCGGCUUUGCUUAGCCUUGGGGAGAUUGACCUGGCCCUUGGCGCUGACCAGCUUGGGUCCAUCCGCAUCCCUGCCUCCUGGACAGGCGUGGUCGGGUUGAUGCCCACAUUCGGACUGGUACCCUACACUGGGGCAGCGCCGAUAGAGACCUGUAGGGACGUCCUCGGACCCAUGGCUAGAACCGUCACAGACUGCGCGUUACUGUUACAGGCCAUAGCGGGUGAUGACGACAAUAGAGAUCCACGUCAGUCAGGAAGGAUUCAUCCUCAAGACUACAUAUUGAAGCUUGAUGACGGCAUAAAGGGUGUUAAGAUCGGUCUGCUUAAAGAAGGUUUUGAGACGUGUACCAGUCCGGCUGUGUGUGAUGUCGUCAAUAUGGCCGCCCGGAAGCUGACUUCUGCUGGUGCGAACGUGGAGGAUGUGUCUAUCCCAGAACAUACUGACGGACUUGCUAUAGCGUCCGUGAUAGCAACCGAAGGGACCUACAACUGUAUGUUAAAAGGGAACGGUUUUGGUUUCUCCUGGAAGGGAUUCUAUCCCACGAGUUUAUUGGAAGCAUUAAGUAAAGGUCUUGCAGCCCGACCGCAUGAGUUGUCCCCACUGGUCAAGACAUACUCACUUCUUGGGGAGUACAUGUACGGGAAGUACGGAAGCAAGUUCUACUCCAAAGCUCAGAAUCUGGCGCUGAUGCUGAGGAAACGCUAUGACGAUGUUUUAAAGACAUAUGACGUCAUUAUCAUGCCUACAGCCACACAUUUGCCACCAAAGCUGCCUGGAAGAGACGCAAGUAUGAAAGAUAUUCUUGACCGUGGCUUGUCAAUGUUUGGGAAUACGGCCUCCUUCAACUGCACUGGACAUCCCGCCUUGACCAUCAACUCCGGUCGUAUUGAGGGACUUCCGGUCGGUAUGAUGAUCGUUGGCAAACAUUUUGAUGACCUCACGGUGCUUCAGGUGGCCAGAGCGUAUGAGAAGAUCAGAGAAUAAUAACCGAACAACAAUCACAGGACAAUAUAUGAGUUCCUAAGACAACUGGGUAAUAAUGGGUGUAUAGUUAUGGAUGUAUGUGUACUCUAGGGAAAAAGAACGUGUGCAGAUUUGCAGCAAGUACUCAAAGAAUUGUUAUACAUUUAGAAUAUGCUUCUUUCCUAGAAGGGGAGCUGGGAUAGCUUGUGGUUUAAGCUUUCGCUCGUCACACCGAAGACCCGGGUUCGAUUCCCAACAUGGGUACAAUGUGUGAAGCUUACUUUUUUUUCCUUGAUGUGAUUUUUGCUGGAAUAUGAAGAAAACCCGUCGUAUAUUAGUACUCACUCACUCUUCUUUCUCAUUAUAGCCAAUUCUUAUUUCGUACCAGCUUAAUGUCAGUAUUGCUGUGAUAUCACUCAAAAUGUACAUGGUAAUUUCUCGAUCAUGGUAUAUGUUAGCAUCACUUGUGUUUGCUUUCGACUCUCUGGUACGACAGGAUCACGUGAUCUGCGUCCUCGUUAUCUCCUGGAAUAGGCAUUAGUGCUUUUUGCUUAUGUCUUUUGUGAAUUUGUAAAUGUAAGGAAAAUGGCAAUAAUAAACAUUAACUGUCUUUU